GUUAUCCAGCGGCGGAUUUUGCUCAUUGUAGUCACAGAGUUUGCGUUUAAAUACAACAAUAAGAUAACAAAAAGUACCGUAUAUGCAUAUUUAAAGGAUUUUCAAUCGUAUCAAAAUGCAUCCUUAUUCAUUUUGCUUGACAUGUGCCUUUCAGUAGCAUAGCUACGUAGGUGGCUAGUUGCACUUCAUUUUUCCGGGGAAUCUGUAUCAUGACCUGACACGCUAGUCAGUUUAAAACGUUUGUUUGGUGGGGAGCACUUGAUGACUUGUUCGUUGACAACUACGUGUCUAUUCGUGAAUAAAUGAAAGUGCAGUGGAACUCGUGUUAGCGAAUUAAGUGUUUCACGACGGGAAGCAGGAAGCAGGAAACGUGAAGUUAUAUUAAACACAAAAAUGGCGUACGAAGGGUGUAGAAGAGUUGUCUGUACUUCGUUUCAAAUGGGUCUGGUUAAAAAGAUCGACAGCCCUAGUACAGUUAUCUGUAUUUUCCUGUUAUUAGGGAUAUACACAGUCUCUUUAGUCCAUGCCGAUAUCACAGAUGGUAACAGCGAGCACUUAAAGCGGGAACAUUCGCUGAUGAAACCGUACCAGGGCGUGGGUACAAGUUCAUCAAGUCAGUGGGACUUUUGGGGUAGCACGCUGGUGACCAGCCAGUACGUUCGUCUGACACCCGACGAGCGCAGCAAACAGGGCUCAAUCUGGAAUACAGUGCCUUGUUUUCUUAAAGACUGGGAGAUGCAUGUUCAGUUUAAAAUACAUGGAUCAGGAAAGAAGAAUCUUCAUGGAGAUGGAAUUGCCAUUUGGUACACAAGAGAGAGACUGCAUCCUGGGCCUGUCUUUGGAAACCAAGACCACUUUGUUGGCCUGGCCCUUUUUGUGGAUACCUUCCGCAAUGAUCUCCACGGAAUGGAUCGGUCUUUCCCUUACAUUUCGGCCAUGGUGAACAACGGCUCCCUGCCAUAUGACCACAGCAAGGACGGGCGCUCAACAGAGCUGGGGGGCUGCUCUGCAGAGAUCCGGAACAAAGACCACGACACUUACCUGGCCAUUCGCUACUCCAAGGGCAGACUCACGGUCAUGGUUGAUGUAGAUGACAAAAAUGAAUGGAAGGAAUGCAUCGAUAUUGGUGGUGUCCGCCUGCCCAUAGGAUACUACUUUGGGGCCUCUGCAGCCACAGGGGACCUUUCUGAUAACCAUGACAUUAUCUCCAUGAAGAUGUACCAGCUGAUGGUGGAGCACACCCCUGAAGAAGACAGCCUCGACUGGACUAAGAUAGAGCCCAGUGUUAGCCUGCUAAAGUCCCCAAAAGACAACAUUGAUGAUCCAACAGGCAAUUUCCGCAGCACUCCUCUGACAGGAUGGAAGGUCUUCCUCCUAUUGCUCUGUGCCCUCCUUGGUAUUGUUGUGUGUGCUGUUGUGGGGGCUGUUGUCUUCCAGAAGAGGCAGGAAAGAAACAAGAGGUUCUAUUAGAAGACAGACCAAGAGGAGACAUUCAAGAAAUGUGAAUUUUUAAAGAUUGUACAAAAUCACAAUGUUUAUAUCUCUGAAGUGCUGGAGUGAGAAAGUAACUUAUGGUAUUUUGCUAUGUUCAACAUGCUGUAGAACUCAUGGCCCAUAAUUGCAAGGCAUCUGGAUGAUUUAAAAAUUGAAAAGGUGGGGGAUUCAUUUUAAAUUGAUUAUUUUGUUUCUCUCGUUCAUAAUUUUUUUGUUAAAAAUAUUUUCUUUUUGAAAAAGAUAUUUAAUCUUUAAACAGGAAUCUUCAGAUUUUUGAAUAAAUAAAGAAUUUUCAAAUGAAAUUAUUUUCUGACAUUUAGUAUUUUCCAGCAGCAUUGUAUAAAGAUGAUU